GGCCAAUGUUUGAGCACCAAGGUCGGCAGGACUUUGAGUAUAUAUAGAUAAAAGCGAUAGUCCGCCUUUGAGCAAAUGUCCUUUUCUUUGUACCCACCAUCACUUGCAGACGCACACACUUGGUCCUUCACAACUUCAUCAAUCCAAGAUCCAAGUCGAGCUUAUACUUUCGACAUGGUACUGAUCAAACUCAAUCCAACGGUGGGCGCCACGGAUGCCGUGGCGUCUUCCAAGCACUCGGCAGUUCUUCAUAGGCAUCUGGACACAACCUUUUUGAACAUGACGAGGUCUGAAGGAAACUUUUUGAUCCUCGAGGAUGACCGCAAGAUAUUCGAUGCUUCGGGGGGCGCUGCGGUCGGUUGCCUUGGCUGGGGCGACCAGAGAGUUGCCCAAGCUGUCACAAACCAGGUACUUGCCGCACCGUACUGUGCGACCAUUUUCUACACCACCAGGGUUCAGGAGGAGCUAUGCCGCGAUUUGGUCCAAUCGACAAACGGGGCCAUGGCGCGUGCCUACAUCGUCAACUCAGGCUCCGAGGCAAUGGAGGCGGCUGUGAAGCUCGCCAGGCAGUACUUCCUCGAGAUUGACCAGCCACAGCGGACACGAUUUAUUUCUCGGAAGCAGUCAUACCACGGCAUCACUCUUGGCGCACUAUCCGUUGGAGGCCACGAGGUUCGGCGGGCCAAGUUCGAGCCACUCUUGAUCAAGAAUGUCUCGAGAGUGUCGCCGUGCAACGCAUUCCGCGGCAAAGCCCCCGGCGAGUCAGAUGAGGAAUACGCCGAGAGGCUGGCCAAGGAGCUCGAUGACGAGUUUCAGCAAGUAGGCCCAGAGAACGUUUGCGCUUUUGUCGCUGAGCCCAUUGUUGGAGCUGCCCUUGGGUGUGUGCCUGCGGUCAAGGGUUACUUCAAAGCCGUAAGGGACGUGUGUGACAAGUAUGGCGCACUCUUGAUCCUUGACGAGGUGAUGUGUGGUAUGGGGAGGAGCGGCACUCUGCACGCAUGGGAGCAGGAGGGUAUUGUACCUGAUAUCCAGACCAUCGGGAAGGCCCUCGGGGGCGGUUACCAACCCGUAGCCGGCCUCCUUGCUGGUCACCGGGUGGUCAAUGCACUCGAAAAGGGUUCCUCUGUCUUCGUCCAUGGCCACACAUACCAAGGUCAUCCUGCCGCAUGUGCCGCAGCCUUGGAGGUGCAGCGGAUUGUUCGAGAGGAGAACCUUUUGAGCAAUGUCCGCGCAAUGGGUGAUCUUCUCUCGAGCAGGCUGCGUGAAAUACUCGCAAGCCAUCCGAACGUCGGUGAUAUCCGUGGCCGGGGCCUCUUCUGGGGCAUCGAAUUUGUUGCGGACAAGGAGAAUAUGGCCCCUUUCCCGUCAGAGGACCACGUUUGCAUGGAAAUCUGUCAACUGGGGCUGACCGACAAGUAUGGGAUCAACGUGUAUCCAGGCGGCGGAUCAGUUGAUGGAAUUACGGGCGACCACAUUAUCAUCUCGCCAGCCUUCAAUAUCUCGCGUGAAGAUGUCGAGUGGAUCGCGGCAACAGUAGGCCGGCUUGUGUCCGACUAUUUCGCAGCAAAGGCCGGGACUCAAUAAUGUUUCUAUCUCUUUCUUUUUCUUCUUCUGUGGAUUUGGACCCGCGGUUCAUGUUGUCCUUGGGAGCAUUCAGGUCCUUGACGGACAUGACCUUGGCUUUGGCGUUUACUGAUGGGUUUUGCGCCUUUUUCUUAUCAAGGACACAAGAUGGAACUUGUUCAGGCGAAGGCGAUUGUAUGGCUAAAAGAGGACGAGGUAAUUAUAGAAAUGCGGGACUCGAAUCUGACGAAUAUUCACGACCCACGACUAUCGUGGCGUCCGUCAAGUGAUCAUUGCUGACCACUCUGUAAAUACUUCACAUAAGUGUAUAGGUGAAAAUUGGGUUGAACUGGCCGAGUUUCUCCGGUGACUAUCUAGGUCUAUUGGCCGUUUUUCUGUUAAAUCAACUAUGAGGUCGUCUCGGUGUGGCUGCGAGUGGAUCAGAGAAAACGGAGAUUGAGAAAGUUGCAUGAGCUCUUCCGAUCUGGCAAUGCGUCCCGUCCUUCUACAAGGCUGAAUGAGUGGAUGGAAGGAUGGAGGGGUAAAAAAAAAAAAA